UAGAUACAAUCACAUUUGGAUGUAUCUUCACUCCUCUGAUAUAGACAUAUAGUAGAAAUUCAGAUCAACCACAGCUUUGAUUACAUCUCUUUUAGAGUGUGGUAUUAUUGCAAUUACUCAAUUGACAACCUAACCUUGCAAAUUAAUAGGGUGGUAGGCAAUGGGAUAUGCAAAUGGUCUUCUAUGUCCACAAGGGAAGCAGCCACUUCUUUCCUUUGGGGUCAUAUCAGAUGUCCAAUAUGCUGAUAUUCCCGAUGGCCGCUCAUUCCUUGGUGUUCCUAGGUAUUAUCGGCAUAGUGUUUGUGUGUUGCAGAGGGCAGUUCAGAAAUGGAAUCAAGAAAAGCCUAAGUUUGUUCUUAAUUUUGGGGACAUUGUUGAUGGGUUUUGUCCCAAAGACCAGUCAAUGAUUGCUGUCCAGAAAAUUGUUAAUGAAUUUGAUAAGUUCAAUGGCCCUGUCUAUCACAUGAUUGGAAAUCACUGCCUUUACAAUCUUCCUCGAAAGGACUUGCUUCCGUUGUUGAGAAUUCCUGGCAAUGACGGUCGUGCCUAUUUUGAUUUUUCUCCAAUUCCGGAAUACAGAUUUGUAAUUCUAGAUGCUUAUGAUAUCAGUGCCAUUGGUUGGCCAGAAGAUCACCCAAAUACUUUGAAGGCCUUAAAAGUUCUUCAGGAGAGAAACCCAAAUUCAGACAAAAACAGUCCAAAUGGACUUGUGGGAACAGACCGAAGGUUUCUCAAGUUCAAUGGAGGUGUUGGAAAAGAACAACUGGAAUGGCUGGAUCAUGUCCUUCAGGAAGCUACCAAGUUGAAUCAAAAUGUAAUAGUGUGUUGCCAUCUACCUUUGGAUCCUGGAGCUUCAUCUCUUUCAGCGUUGUGUUGGAAUUAUGAUGAAGUGAUGGAUGUGAUACAUCACUAUAGCUGUGUGAAGGUCUGUUUGGGUGGACAUGACCAUAAAGGUGGAUAUUCGGUUGACUCCCAUGGUGUGCAUCAUCGGGUCCUUGAAGCAGCUCUUGAGUGCCCUCCUGGGACUGAUGCUUUUGGACACAUUUAUGCCUUUGAUGAUAGAUUAUCACUUUUUGGUAUUGAUAGAAUGAAAAGCACUGAGAUGGUUUUUGGUCACAAAACUAUACUUUCAAGUUGCAACGAACAAAUCCACAGGUUGUAAAGUUUACCCACAUUUCGUGGUUACAAAAAAAGAGGUGAACUGUAAGAUAUGUUGAAAAGGCAUAGUUUUCAUGAAAUGCAAGAGAGACUUGGUUCUGAUGUAAGUUCUGUUGCUUAAGCCCAGAUAUUAUGAUUGUUCCAUCAAUGAGGUACAUAUUGGACUAUAUUCUUGACCUCCAGGGCGUCUUGAAAAUCCCUGAGUGUCUUUCUGGUUUAGCCUGAUUCUGAAGAUUCGAAAGUUGCUCCUGUCCUAUAAUAAAUAUGGUUGUACUCUGGACUUGAAUUAGUACAUUUAACCAUGGAUACAUUAGUCAGUCAUGCGUCGCUACUCUCUUAUCUGAACUUUUUUGCUUCAAUUGCUAGUUGCAUUAUAAUGGCAGAUGUACCUUAAAUUACUUGCAGUGGAUCUUGGAGCAACGGUAAAGUUGUUUCCGAGUGAUGAUUUGGAGCAAAGUAAAGUUGUUCCCGAGUAAUCUAUAAGUCACAAAGACCGAGCCGUGGAAUCAGCUAGAUGCUUGUGAAUGCCAGAUAUUCCGUGCACCGGGCUGCCCUUUCUUUAACCUUAAGAUUACUAGCAUUUGAUAUUUAAUGCCAGCUAUGUAAAUGAAGGGGCAACAUUUCGCCAUUAAUCACAUGGUUGAUACUAGUUUACGUUUCUUCAGUUGACCUCCUUUUGAUCACAUGUACUCCAUGUCUUAUAGCUGUCUUCCUGGUUACACGAGUUACUUCUCUCGAUAUCAUCAACAAGAAUUACUUAUAUAUGCACAUUACUUUAACUGA